UUGUGUCAUUGCGGAGUCAUCCGUCAGCUAUUGCACAACCGUCACCUCAUCGUGUUUAUUUACUAUUUUAUACAUUGCAGCAUCAUACAUACGCAUGCACAUAGUAUAAAGUGACCUUUGGAAGCAAAUUUUUAAAGAUUGGCUGCGUACUAGUAUUGCACCGAACUCUUUAACACAACACCUCCACAAUGAUUUCGUUAGCAAAUCUGAAAAAGCUAACAAUUGUGCAUUUAGGCAUAGCCGUCACUUUCUUUAUAUCGGGUUUGGUGAUAAAUUUGGUGCAGCUUAUAUUGCAUCUCACAUUGAAACCCUUCAAUGUCGUGCUUUUCAGACGCAUCAUGUAUUAUCUCUGCUAUUCGCUGUACUCACAGUUGAUAUUCGUUGCUGAAUGGUACUCAAACAGCACCCUACAUUUAUAUAUGGAUCCAGAGGAUUUGGAAAAGUUCGGUGGUCAGGAACAUGUUAUGAUUAUACAAAAUCAUUCAUAUGAAAUUGAUUGGCUAUGCGGCUGGAUGUUCGCCGACAAAGUACAUUGUUUGGGUAAUUGCAAAGCGUAUGCCAAAAAAGCUAUUUCGUAUGUGCCCGUAAUGGGUUGGGCAUGGAAAUUCGCCGAAUUUGUAUUUUUGGAACGCUCAUACGACAAGGACAUUGAGAUCAUUGCACGUCAAUUAAAAGAGGUGUUCGCCUAUCCAGAUCCCACAUGGCUAUUGCUCAAUGCUGAAGGCACACGUUUCACACCAAAGAAACAUGAAGCCUCCGUUAAAUUCGCGGAGGAGCGUGGUUUACCUGUGUUGAAACAUCAUUUGAUACCACGUACCAAAGGUUUUACCACAAGCCUACCGACCAUGCGUGGUCGUUGUCCCGCGAUCUAUUGCACUACACUGGCCUUCAGAAGGGAUGCUAAGAAUGCACCGACUAUUUCCACACUGCUCAAUGGAUUAUCUGUCGAAGGUCAUUUGUAUGCACGUCGUAUUCCAGUAGACAGUGUGCCGGAAAAUGAAAAGGAGGCAGCUGAGUGGUUGCAGAAUCUAUAUCGCGAGAAGGAUCGGCUGGUCGACAGUUUCCACACAACAGGCAAUUUCUUCGAAACCUCUGGUUUUAAGGAAGUGCCCGCUAAAGUUUUAAAAUAUCGUCCAUGCAGUUUAAUUAACUUUGCUCUCUGGGCUGUAUUUUCAAUAACGCUUAUACUUUAUUAUUUGAUUUCUUCAAUUCUGUCACAAAAUUGGAUUGGCCUUUCGAUUGCUGUGGGCAUACUUUUGGCAUUCUACAUACUAAUGGUGAAGUCAAUCAAUAUGUCGAAAAUCAGCAAAGCUUCAUCCUACGGUUCCGAAUCGAAAACGGAAGCAAAGACGAAGUAAUUUCACUGUGCUUGCGUGCAUAUAUGUUGUAUGUACAUGUAUACGUGUGCAUCUCUGCGAGCGUCUACCAAUUACAAAUUUUAUAGACAUGAGAACGUAUGUAUAUAGCCAUACAUUUAUUUUCAUAAUACGUGCUUGCGUACUGAGUUUGUUUGAUGAGUAAAUGCGAGCAAAGUUCAAUUUUUAAUUUAUGUACCAUUAUUACCUGCACAACAUACAUAAAAUUGUACAUACAUACAUGUACUUAUUAGUAAUGUUAGUGAGCAGCCAAUCUGCUCUUAUUUAGCACACAGAUCAGCAUAUGUUGAUCAUAAUUAAUUAUUGCUGAACAUGGACAGCAUGAAUUUGUUGUUUGUAGGUGAAGCUAUUUGAAGGUGGUUUACGAAAAGAGUGCUGGAAAAUCUAACAUUCAUAUAGCUUUCAAAAAUCGACCACUCGCACUGUGUCGUUGACCAUAUUUCCAUUAGCGUAUAAUUUACAUUUGUAUUUAUACGAACUAAUUACAUUGCUAAUUACGGAAACAAACAAAGAACACUUAUUAAUUUUUUAGACUGUUAAAUACUACUGAAACAAAGCGCAAGAGUACGAUUUUAAAUAUAGACCUAAUUGUGAUCAAUUUGGAGUUGUUUAAUUUUGAAGAACCACAUUUAGUGACUUGCUUUAGGAAAAAAUAUAAAGAACACAUAUUAUAUAAUGUCAAUUUGCACAUUUAAAUAUAUAUUUUUUUUUCAAUUCGUGCCAAUUGAUCGGGCUUUAUGCGCUAAAAGAGAUAUUGAGACGGCGUAGCUGUCUAUGUAACUUGCUUUCUUUAAUUAUUAAGUAAAAUGAUAUGUUUUGGAAAGAAGCUGGAAAAGUUUGCAUAUUUUAUCAAAAAACAAAACUUAAAAAGUUGGCUUUUGAACAAGUGCACACUGCAAUUUGCAUUUUAAGUCUGGCUUGUAUAGAAUCUUCCAAAAGUGUUGUGUCAGCUAAUUAGGCAAUUUAAUUUCACUCAUUUAUCGACAAUUUACUUCUUGAUUCUUAAUUGAAUACAUUAAGUGAUAUACAUCUUAGAAAUGUAACAAUUCAAAUAACUAUUAUUAACUUAUACAUAUUGUAACUAUGUACUCCUUACAACCAUUAAAGAUAUUCACAAUAAAAUUAUAUUGAAAUUUCGUUUUUAAU